UUAAAACGUGAAGAAGAGGAUGAGAGGCCACACAAAACAUUCAGCAAUCCCGGCCAUCGUAAAGAAAUAAAAUGGCCUUGCUUCGCCAUCUCCUCCUCCUCUCCAUCUUGCUCCCAUUUUGCACCGCUGCCACCGACUCCAUCGGCCAGUACUGUGCUAAUAGCUUCAAUGGCAGAAAAACCCAGUCCAACAUCGACCACGUGCUAUCCGAUCUUGUCGCAAAGGCUUCGGUCGGUGGCUUUGCGACAGCAUACUCCGGUGAAGGAAGCGAUAUAAUUUAUGGCCUCGCGCAGUGUAGAGGAGAUGUUAGCUCCGAUGACUGCUCCACGUGCCUCAGAGCUGCGGCAAAGAAGCUCCCAACGGUGUGCCCAGGCCAAGCCGAUGCGAGGAUAUGGUACGACUACUGCUUCAUGCGCUACGACAACGAGAACUUCAUCGGCAAGGCCGAUACUGGGUUUGCAGUAAUUUAUUAUAACGUCCAGAAUGCCACAGAUCCUGAGGCUUUCGACGAGGAGAAGGAGAGACUGAUGAGUAGGCUGAAGGCGGAGGCGGUGGCGCCGGGUAGCCAGGGGUUCGCAACCGGGAAGACGGAGUUCACGCCAUCUGUGACCAUCUAUGGGCUGGAGCAGUGCACGAAGGACCUCCAGCCACUGAUGUGCGCCCAGUGCUUGUCGUCGGCGCUGGCCAAGUUCCCCGACUACUGCCGGUUCCGGCAGGGGUGCCAGGUGCUUUAUAGCAGCUGUAUCGUGCGCUACGAGAUUUAUCCCUUCUUUUUCCCGCUCGACUCGAGCCCGACUGCGGUCGGCCGCUACUCCAAGGCCAUCUUGUUUCCGUAGCGUUGCAUGCGUGUUUCAACGCGUGCUUGUGUGGUCAAAAGAACUGAAGACAUGCAUGAAUGGAUAUCUCGUUGACUUGUACUUGGAAGAAAUAAAGAGCUUGUGAUGGGAUUUUCACGAGUCAAACUAAAAAUGAUUUUAACCUGCUUCUUUUU